GGCUGCGCUGAGAGUCGCCCCUCCUCCCCGCAGUCUUCUUUGUGGUGAACCUACUUCGUGUGUGCGGCGGAAUAUUUUACCUACAUUAGAGAUGCAGGGAAACAGAGGACCCCGUCCGGAGCACCACAACCAUGGACCCCCAAGACAACAGGCCAACCCCCAGCACGAGCAGCAGAGGAAGCCGGCCGGAGGAGCCGACAACAGCAAUGGGCAGCACACAGAGCAAGCUGACCAGGCCAGCCCCAAUGACGCUCUGACUAUAGACCUGCAGAACUUCAGGAAGCCGGGGGAGAAGACGUACACGCAGCGCAGCCGGCUGUUCGUGGGGAACCUGCCGGCCGGCACCACUGAAGAAGAAGUGGAGAAGCUCUUCUCCAAAUAUGGCAAACCCUCCGAGAUCUUCAUCAACAAGGACCGAGGAUUCGGCUUCAUCCGGCUGGAAACGAAGACGCUGGCUGACAUCGCCAAAGCUGAACUGGACAACACGUUGUUCCGCGGCCGUCAGAUCCGCGUGCGUUUCGCCACUCACGGCGCGGCGCUGUCCGUAAAGAACCUUCCUCAGUUCAUCUCUAACGAGCUCCUGGAGGAGUCUUUCUCCAUGUUCGGCCCGAUCGAGCGCGCCAUCGUCAUCGUGGACGACCGCGGCAGACCCACCGGGAAAGGCAUCGUGGAGUUCGCCAACAAACCGUCAGCCAGGAAGGCUCUGGACCGCUGUGCUGAUGGAGCGUUCCUGCUCACCUCGUUUCCUCGGCCGCUAACAGUGGAGCCCCUGGAACAGCUGGAUGAAGAUGAGGGACUUCCAGAGCGACUGAUCAGCAAAAACCCGCAGUACCACAAGGAGCGUGAGCAGCCUCCUCGUUUUGCUCAGCCCGGCUCUUUCGAGUACGAGUACGCGAUGCGCUGGAAGGCUCUGAUGGAGAUGGAGAAGCAGCAGUUCGAGCAGGUGGACAGGAACAUUAAAGAAGCUCAGGAGAAGCUGGAGCAGGAGAUGGAGGCAGCCAGGCAUGAGCACCAGGUCAUGCUCAUGAGACAAGAUCUGUUGCGGAGGCAGGAGGAGCUGAGGCGUAUGGAGGAGGCGCACAACCAGGAGGUUCAGAAGAGGAAGCAGCUGGAGCUGCGCCAGGAGGAGGAGAGGCGCCGCAGGGAGGAGGAGCUGCGGGCCCACACGGAGGACUUGCUGAGGAGGCAGCAGGGCCAGGGGACAAGCUUUGCGGAGAAAAGGGAACAGGACCUGCGGAUGCACAUGGGAGGUCAAAGCAUGCCCAUGAACAGAAACCCGAUGGGGGCAAGCGCGUCGACCCCAGGAGCGCCGAACCUGUCCGCCAACGAGGGUGCUGGUGGGAAUCCCGGGGAUCUCCCUCUCCCUUCUCCCUUCCCUCGUCCUGGACCUCCUCUGGACUUCGGCCCCAACAAACGGCGCAGAUUCUGA